AUGGCGACGGCGUGUCCAGACGGCCAAGUGUCCAUUGGUGCCCACUGCGUGUCUUGCAACAAUCCUGCGACAGGGACAGUCUACUGUGCACGCUGCUACUACGACACAAACGAUUCACGCAUAGAAUGCACGGAGUGUGAAGAAGGAUAUCGAUUCUUGAACACCAUUCAGUCCGGCAUCUGCGUCCGCUCGUCCAUAUUUAAUCUAUCUGGCACUGAGUUUACCUUCAUAGCCCUCUUUGGGGUCGCACUGGCCUUCGCCUUGAUAAUCUUGAGCGUAUGGUUCGCCAGUUGGAUCAGGCAGAGACGCGCCAUCCGGGCCACCCACGAGCGAGCUACCAGGAUGGCUAAUAAGACCCUUUACAUAACUUAG